CCGACCGCUUCGCUCGCGUCUGCGCCUCUGCUCGCGAUUCCGCCGCCUCUUUCCUUCCUAUUCCGCCACCGCUUGCGACCGCCACCAUUUGCCCUCUCCUCAAAUUGAAGUCUAUAACGAUUUACUAUCGUACCUGGCUGUUCGAAGUGUGGUCGCCGCCUCGCCGCCGCUACUCAUCUCUCGCCGCUGCCUUGCUGCCGCUACUGAUCUUUCGCUCUCGUUGAUGCUUCUAGGGCGUGACACUUGCUUCCUUUUUCAUUGCACCUCCACUUCGUCAAGCACUUAAAGAAACAAAUCUCAGCUGAAAACUUCGCCUUGGUUUGAGAUUAUGGGUGACAAUAAAGAGUCAAUCCCUCACAGUGGGGAUAUUAUGAACAUACCUGUUGUAAGGGAAACUCCCCAACUGAUGGCUAUCUUAAAGGAGAUGAAGGAUGGUCUGGAUGUUGUUAGGAGAAAAGUGGAAGUCCUUACCCAGAAGGUGAGAGAAAACCAAUUUCCAACUGCUGAGGGAAUGAGCUAUCUCGAUGCAAAGUAUAUGUUGCUUCUCAACUACUGCCAGUCAAUUGUGUACUAUUCUCUUCGCAAGGCAAAAGGGUUAUCUGUUCAGGACCAUCCAGUGGUAAAGAGCCUUGUGGAGAUCAGGUUAUACUUGGAGAAGAUUCGUCCAAUAGAUAAAAAGCUCGAGUACCAAAUUCAAAAACUCAUCAGGGCGGCUAGUAACUUUGCAACUGAAAAUUCUGUCAUCUCGGCCGACAAGGAAAAAGAAGCUUCUCAAAAAGAGGAAGACCCAUUGAAGUUUAGGCCAAACCCUGACAUGCUUGUUAGCAAAUCAGCUAUGGGAGAUCAGGACACCACAGGUAUCUACCGUCCUCCAAGGUUUGCUCCUACAAGUAUGGAAGAGGAUAAGGUAUCAAAGGAAGAAAAACAGGCCCUUCGAAGGGAGAAAUUAUUGUUACGACAAUCAAAACAAAGUUCUUAUGUGAAGGAACUCAUUGAUGACCUUGAAGAUAGACCUGAAGAGAUACGAGAGAAUGUAGGAGCCGAAAGCAGAGAGCUUACUAAGUACUUGGCAAAGCAAGAGGAGCUUGCUAAACAAGAAGAAGAGCUAUUUACUCGUGCUCCAAUUACAAAGCGUGAUAAGAAGUUGGAGAAAUACAUGAAAUCAAGAAAUGGAUUGCUUGGUUUGACCGAUAGCUUCUUGGAUGACAUCAGAAUGCUUCCUUUGGAAGAGAAUGAAAAGGCCGAGCCUUCUGUUCACCUGAAUAACAAAAAAGGGAGGAAUGGAUUUAAGAAGCGGAAGAGAAAUCAUUGAGGGAGAUAACAAAGAGGUAUUUGUUGGACUCAGUUCGUGUGUUUGCUGAGUGAAAUUACUUGGAUGUAGGGAUACAACUCCCUUCUACAGGUUCAGUUUGAUUUAGAGUUAAACAUUGUGUUAUUUGAGAUUUUGAUCAUAUGGUCUAGAAUCUCAAUUAGUGCCUGCCAAACAAUCUGAUAGCUGUUGCUUUGUAAUUUUGUUAGUCGAUGCGAUAGUUGAAAGCUGACAUGCUUGAAGUUGGAAACAUAUGUUUUUUGUCCUUCUAAGUUUGUCCUACUUUAUGGGCAAUCCAGUAUACGUGUAUGAUUUCAGUGUAUUUUAUGACUAUUAAAAUUGUGUAAUUUAAAUAAUUAAUUUUGUACGUUUUGAAUUUA